CCAACCCCGCGGUUCUAGAGGGGGCUCACAGAGCUGAGGACGCGCACCGCACCGCUCAAGGUCUCUCUCUCUCUCUCUCUCUCCGUACCCUCGCCUGCCGGCAUCUGACGCGGGCUCCAAGGGACUCCGGGCACCUUUCUGAGUGUCCCUUCUCUGGUUCAGUCGGGACUCCGCAACCCCGCCGCUGCCGCUGCGGCCACCGCCCGAGGGGACCUGCGGACAGCACGCCAGCAGGAGGAGGGGUGCGCAAGCGCCCGUGCCGAGUGUCUCCUACGCUGCGCAGCGAGACCCAGGCCUCCUGGCCUCAGGAGUCCCCGGCUGCCUCUCCAGGUGUACGGGACUGAAGUUCUUUGAGGAGGGAGUCCAACUCUUCAAGGUGAACUAUGACCACUUUUCUCUUGCUUUUUGUGACUCUGAGGGUCAUCACUGCAGCCGUCUCAGAAGAGGUUUCAGAGCAUGACAACUCCCUGAGUGUGAGCAUCCCCCAACCGUCCCCAGUGAGGGUCCUCCUGGGGACCUCCCUCACCAUCCCCUGCUAUUUCAUUGACCCCAUGCAUCCUGUGACCACCGCCCCCUCCACUGCCCCCCUCGCUCCGAGAAUCAAGUGGAGCCGUGUUUCCAAGGAGAAGGAGGUGGUACUGCUGGUGGCCACCGAAGGGCACGUGCGGGUCAACAGUGCCUAUCAAGACAAGAUCUCGCUGCCCAAUUACCCGGCCAUCCCCAGCGACGCCACCUUGGAGAUCCAGAACCUGCGCUCCAAUGACUCUGGGAUCUAUCGUUGCGAGGUGAUGCAUGGCAUCGAGGACAGUGAGGCUACCCUGGAGGUUGUGGUGAAAGGCAUCGUGUUCCACUACAGAGCCAUCUCCACGCGCUACACCCUGGACUUUGACAGGGCGCAGAGGGCCUGCCUGCAGAACAGCGCCAUCAUCGCCACACCUGAGCAGCUGCAGGCUGCCUAUGAGGACGGAUUCCACCAGUGUGACGCAGGCUGGCUGGCUGACCAGACUGUGAGGUACCCCAUUCACACCCCCCGGGAAGGCUGCUAUGGAGACAAGGAUGAGUUUCCAGGUGUAAGAACCUAUGGCAUCCGAGACACCAAUGAGACCUACGAUGUGUACUGUUUCGCCGAGGAGAUGGAGGGUGAGGUCUUUUAUGCAACCGCUCCAGAGAAGUUCACCUUCCAGGAGGCAGCCAACGAGUGCAAGAGGCUGGGCGCCCGGCUAGCCACCACCGGCCAGCUUUACCUGGCCUGGCAGGGUGGCAUGGACAUGUGCAGCGCCGGCUGGCUGGCAGACCGCAGCGUGCGCUACCCCAUCUCCAAGGCCCGGCCCAACUGCGGGGGCAACCUCCUGGGCGUGAGGACCGUCUACCUACACGCCAAUCAGACGGGCUACCCCGACCCCUCAUCCCGCUACGACGCCAUCUGCUAUACAGGUGAAGACUUUGUGGACAUCCCAGAAAAUUUCUUCGGGGUAAGUGGUGAGGAAGACAUCACCGUCCGGACAGUGACCUGGCCCGAUGUGGAGCUGCCCCUGCCCCAAAACAUCACGGAGGGGGAAGCCCGAGGCAACGUGAUCCUCACUGUAAAGCCCAUCCUGGACGUAUCCCCCACUGUCCUGGAGCCUGAGGAGCCCUUCACAUUUGUCCCUGAUGUGGGAGCUACCGCCUUCCCCGAGACUGAGAAUGGGACUGGAGAGGCCACCAGGCCCUGGGGCUUUCCUGAGGAGUCCACAUCUGGGCUGGGCUCUGUCACAGCCUUCACCAGCGAGGACUUGGUGGUGCAGGUGACUGUUGCCCCUGGUGAAGCCGAGGUCCCUGGGCAGCCCCGUUUGCCAGGGGGAGUCGUGUUCCACUACCGCCCAGGAUCCACCCGAUACUCGCUGACCUUUGAGGAGGCGCAGCAGGCCUGCCUGCGCACAGGGGCCGUCAUGGCUUCGCCCGAGCAGCUCCAGGCCGCCUAUGAGGCGGGCUACGAGCAAUGUGAUGCUGGCUGGCUGCAGGACCAGACCGUCAGAUACCCCAUUGUGAGCCCACGGACCCCAUGUGUGGGCGACAAGGACAGCAGCCCUGGGGUCAGGAGCUACGGUGUGCGCCCAUCAUCAGAAACCUAUGAUGUCUACUGCUACGUGGACAAGCUCGAGGGGGAGGUAUUCUUCGCGACGCGCCUGGAGCAGUUCACCUUCCAGGAGGCCCUGGAGUUCUGCCAGUCGCAAAACGCCACACUGGCCUCCACCGGCCAGCUCUACGCCGCCUGGAGCCGAGGCCUGGACAAGUGUUAUGCCGGCUGGCUGGCGGACGGCAGCCUCCGCUAUCCCAUCGUCACCCCUCGGCCAGCCUGCGGAGGGGACAAGCCAGGUGUGAGAACCGUCUACCUCUAUCCCAACCAGACGGGCCUUCCAGACCCGCUGUCCCGGCACCACGCGUUCUGCUUCCAAGGUGCAUCAAUGGUGACCUCUCCAGGAGAAGAGGAGGUCAGAACUCCCACAGCACCCACUGACGUGGAGGACUGGAUCAUUACCCAAGUGGGACCUGGUGUGGCUGCUGUCCCCAUAGGAGAGGAGACAACUGCUGUCCCAGUCUUCACCACUGAGCCAGAAAAUCAGACAGAAUGGGAACCAGCCUACACCCCAGUGGGCACAUCCCCACUGCCAGGGAUCCCUCCCACAUGGCCUCCCACUAGUACAGCAACAGAGGAAAGCACAGAAGGCCCUUCUGCAACUGCAGUGCCCUCUGCCCCAGAAGAGCCUUUCGCCUCGGAGGAGACCUACACACCUGCCCAUGUCAGGCCAAGUGGGAUGGAACUGCCAGGCUCUGGGGAAGUAUCUGGAGCCCCUGACAUCAGCGGUGACUUCACAGGCAGUGGAGAAGCUUCAGGACGCCUUGACUCCAGUGGGCAGCCCUCAGGGGUCAGUGCAAGUGGACUACCCUCUGGAGACCUUGAUUCCAGUGGUAUCACCUCCACAGUGGGCUCAGGCCUGCCUGUGGAAAGUGGACUGUCCUCAGGAGAUGAAGAUAAAAUUGAGUGGCCUACCACUCCUAAGGUUGGUGGGCUACCCUCUGGAGGUGAGGGCUUAGAGGGCUCUGCCUCUGGAAUAGGGGACCUCAGCAGGCUUCCUUCUGGAGAGGAAGUUCUAGAGACUUCUGCCUCUGGAGUAGGGGAUCUCAGUGGACUUCCUUCAGGAAGAGAAGGUCUAGAGACUUCUGCCUCUGGAGUUGAGGAGGUCAGUGGGCUUCCUACUGAAAGCGAAGGCCUAGAGACUUCUACCUCUGGAGUAGAGGACCUCAGUGGGCUUCCUACUGAAAGUGAAGGCCUAGAGACUUCUACCUCCAGAGUAGAGGACCUCAGUGGGCUUCCUACUGAAAAAGAAAGUCUAGAGACUUCUGCCUCAGGAGUAGAAGAUAUCAGUGGGCUUCCUUCAGGAGGAGAAGGUCUAGAGACUUCUGCCUCUGGAGUAGAGGAGGGCAGUGGGCUUCCUACUGAAAGCGAAGGCCUAGAGACUUCUACCUCUGGAGUAGAGGACCUCAGUGGGCUUCCUUCUGGAGGAGAAGUUCUAGAGACUUCUACCUCUGGAGUAGAGGACCUCAGUGGGCUUCCUUCUGGAGGAGAAGUUCUAGAGACUUCUGCCUCUGGAGUAGAGGACCUCAGUGGGCUUCCUUCUGGAGGAGAAGUUCUAGAGACUUCUGCCUCUGGAGUAGAGGAGGUCAGUGGGCUUCCUUCAGGAGGAGAAGGUCUAGAGACUUCUGCCUCUGGAGUAGAGGAGGUCAGUGGGCUUCCUACUGAAAGUGAAGGCCUAGAGACUUCUACCUCUGGAGUAGAGGACGUCAGUGGGAUUCCUACAGAAAAAGAAGGUCUAGAGACCUCUGCCUCUGGAGUGGAGGACAUCAGUGGGCUUCCUUCUGGAAUAGGAGGUCUAGAGACUUCUACCUCUGGAGUAGAGGACAUCAGUGGGCUUUCUUCUGGAGGAGAAGUUCUAGAGACUUCUGCCUCUGGAGUAGGAGAUGUCAGCAGGCUUCCUACUGGAAGAGAAGGUCUAGACAUUUCUGCCUCUGGCAUAGAUGAUGAACUUAGUGGUGGACUUCCUUCUGGAAGAGAAGAUAUAGAGAUUUCUGCUUCUGGAGUAGGAGAAGAUAUCAGUGGACUUCCUUCUGGAAGGGAAGGUCUAGAGACCUCAACUUCUGGAACUGAAGAAACCUCAGAAGGAUUACCUUCUGGAACAGAAGAUUUGGUGGGGUCUGCUUCUGGAACCUUGGUCUUUGAAAAGCUGCCUUCUGGAACUGUAGGAAGUGGACAAGCUCCAGAAGAAAGUGGCCUUCCCUCUGGAUUUAGUGGUGAGUAUUCUGGAGUGGACCUUGGAAGUGGCCCAUCCUCUGGCCUGCCUGAUUUUAGUGGACUUCCAUCUGGAUUUCCAACUGUUUCUCUAGUGGAUACUACAUUGGUAGAAGUGGUCACAGCCUCCACUGCAAGUGAACUGGAAGGGAGGGGAACCAUUGGCAUCAGUGGUGCAGGAGAAAUAUCUGGGCUGCCCUUCAGUGAACUGGACAUUAGCGGGGGAGAAAGUGGACUCCCUUCAGGAAUUGAACUCAGUGGUCAAACAUCUGGGUCUCCUGACAUCAGUGGAGAAACAUCUGGAUUCUUUGGUGUUAGUGGACAGCCAUCUGGGUUUCCUGACAUCAGUGGGGGAACAUCUGGCAUUUCUGAGGUCAGUGGGCAGCCAUCAGGGUUUCCUGACACCAGUGGGGAAACAUCUGGAGUGACUGAGCUUAGUGGACUAUCUUCUGGACAACCAGAUGUCAGUGGAGAAGCAUCUGGAGUUCUUUUUGGCAGCAUCCCACCAUUCGGCAUAACUGACCAGAGUGGAGAAACAUCCGGGGUUCCUGAUCUCAGUGGGCAGCCAUCAGGAAUAACACCCAGAAUCCCGGACCUGGUUUCUGGCACCAUGAGUGGCAGUGGGGAAUCUUCUGGAAUUACAUUUGUGGACACCAGUUUGGUUGAAGUGACCCCUACUACAUUUAAAGAAGAAGAAGGCUUAGGGUCAGUGGAACUCAGUGGUCUCCCUUCUGGGGAGACAGAUCUGUCAGGCACAUCUGGGGUAGUGGAUGUCAGUGGACAAUCUUCUGGAAUAAUCGAUUCCAGUGGGUUUACAUCCCAGUCUCCAGAAUUCAGUGGCCUACCAAGUGGAGUAACUGAGGUCAGUGGAGAAACUUCUGGAGCUGAGAUUGGGAGCAUCCUGUCUUCAGGAGGAUAUGAUGGCAGUGGACUUCCAUCAGGUUUCCCAACUGUCUCUCUCAUAGACAGAACUUUGGUGGAAUCUGUAACCCAGGCUCCAACAGCCCAAGAAGCUGGAGAAGGACCUUCAGGCAUUUUGGAACUCAGUGGUGCCCAUUCUGGAGCACCAGACAUGUCUGGAGACCAUUCUGGAUCUUUGGACCUCAGUGGACUGCAAUCUGGGAUGGUGGAACCCAGCGGAGAGCCAUCAAGCACUCCAUAUUUUAGUGGGGACUUUUCAAGCACUGCUGAAAUAAGCGGAGAAUCCUCUGUAGCCACAAGCACGAGUGGAGAGGCCUCAGGUCUUCCAGAAGUUACUUUAAUCACUUCAGAGUUCAUGGAGGGUGUAACUGAACCAACUGUUGUUUCCCAGGAACUCGGCCAAAGAUCCCCUGUGACAUACACACCCCAGCUUUUUGAGGCCAGUGGGGAAGCCUCUGCCUCUGGGGACAUUAGUGGGGCUACACCAACGUUCCCCAGUUCUGGAGUAGAAGCAUCAUCAGUCCCAGAAGCCAGCAGUGAAUUGUCUGCCUAUCCUGAGGCUGAAGUGGGAACAUCUGCUGCCCCAGAGGCCAGCGGAGAGGCCAGUGGAGAGGUGUCUGGGGCCUCUACUCUGCAGGAAACCACCUCUGCCUUGCAUGAAGCUGAUCCCGAGAAAGCCUCGGGCCUGGGGGUGAGCAGCAGCCCUUGGGCUUUUCAGGAAGGCUCCAUGGAGGGGUCUGCUGCUCCUGAAGUGACCAGAGAGUCAACCAUCACCUAUGAUGUGGGCACAGAGGCAUCUGGCAUGCCUUCAGCCUCUCCUGUGACUUCUGGGGACAGGACUGAAAUCAGUGGAGACCUGUCUGGUCAGACCUCAGGGAUGGAUAUUGUCAUCAGCACCAGCAUCCCAGAAUCUGAAUGGAACCAGCAGACCCAGCGCCCUGCAGAGGCACAUCUAGAAAUCGAGUCCUCAAGUCCCUUGUUCUCAAGAGAAGAGACCCAAACAGCUGGAACAGCCACCUCCCCAACAGAUGCUUCCAUCCCAGCUUCCCCAGAGGGAUCGGGUGAAGCAGAGUCCACCGUUUCAGCCCCUGCCAGGUCCUGUGCAGAGGAGCCCUGUGGUGUUGGAACCUGCCAGGAGACAGAGGGACGUGUCAUAUGUUUUUGCCCCCCUGGCCACACUGGCGAGCACUGUGACAUAGACAUUGAUGAGUGCCUCUCAAGCCCUUGUCUGAAUGGAGCCACCUGCGUGGAUACCAUCGACUCUUUCACAUGCUUAUGCCUUCCCAGCUACGGAGGGGACCUGUGUGAGAUCGACCAGGAGGUAUGCGAGGAGGGCUGGACCAAGUUCCAGGGACACUGUUACCGCCACUUCCCUGACCGUGAGACCUGGGUGGAUGCUGAGAGACGGUGUCGAGAGCAUCAAGCGCACCUGAGCAGCAUCGUCACCCCUGAGGAGCAGGAGUUUGUCAACAAAAACGCUCAAGACUACCAGUGGGUCGGCCUGAAUGACAGGACCAUCGAAGGGGACUUCCGCUGGUCAGAUGGACACCCCUUGCAAUUUGAGAAAUGGCGUCCCAACCAGCCUGACAACUUCUUUGCCACUGGAGAGGACUGCGUGGUGAUGAUUUGGCAUGAGAAGGGCGAGUGGAAUGAUGUUCCCUGCAAUUACCACCUGCCCUUCACGUGUAAAAAGGGCACAGUGGCCUGCGGAGACCCCCCUGUGGUGGAACAUGCCAGGACCUUUGGACAGAAGAAGGACCGAUAUGAAAUCAAUUCCCUGGUUCGGUACCAGUGCACUGAGGGCUUUGUCCAGCGCCAUGUGCCCACCAUCCGGUGCCAACCCAGCGGGCACUGGGAGGAGCCUCGGAUCACCUGCACGGACCCCACCACCUUCAAGCGCAGACUACAGAAACGGAGCUCACGGCCCCCGAGGAAGAGCCACCCCAGCACAGCCCACUGAGAAGAGUUUCCAGGACGCGCCCAGGAUGCUGAGCCCAGGAGCCUGGCAGGCAGACAGUGCAUCCCAUCCAGUUGGUGUCCUCUUGUCACUUUUUGUCAUAUAAGGAAUCCCAUUAAAGAAAAAAAAAUGAAUCCCACAUUGUGUAUGCACCCACCCCACCCCAUCCCCAAGUCACCAAAACCUCAUCUAAUUUGUCCCCCAAUGCCAAAGCAAAGCAAACUUACUGUAACCCAUGGACUGAGUUUAGAGACAUUUCUUCAAUCUCCCGUUGUGCCUUUCCAGGGACCAGAGCAGGGACAGGGGGAGAGGGAAGGGGUUAAGUUAAAUAAAGAAGAUUAUUUUUUGUUUCCUGACUUUA